UGGUUCAGUGAAUUUUUCAAACAAAUGGAUCAAAGAUUUAGUUGUACAUUAGUAUCAUAUCCGGAUACAAUGAAUGUUAUACAUUUACGGCCAAAGAUUGAUGGUUGCCAUCAAUAUAAUGGUUUAUUAUGGCCAAAAACAAUGAAUGAUUUUCGUCGUUUACGCACAUCGUCAUUGAAAUGUGAUCUAAAUCAAACCGACAUACGAAUUGUUCUUAAUAAUUUUACACCAUUCUGUGAUAUGAUUGAAAAUGGUACGGAAUUACAGAUGACAACAUCGGUUGAAAAAUAUAUUAUUGAUACAUUGUCAUCGAAACUAAAUUUUCACCCAAAGUUAAUUGAUGCAAAACAGAAUUGGGGUAAAUAUGUGAAUGGUACAUGGACUGGAUCGGUUGCAUAUCUUAUUAAUGAGACUAGUGAUCUAGCCAUGGGUUCCAUAUCUGUUCUACAUGAACGUAUACGAUUCAUUGAAUAUAGUGAUAUUUAUAUAAUCGAAGAAGUAGGAUUCAUAUCAAGAAUACCGAAAUUAAUGACAAGAGAUUGGAUUGUAAUUGAACCAUUCACAUGGACAGUAUGGUUUAUGAUAAUCAUUUCAUUUUUAAUUAUUUCCAUAAUUCUUUAUAUAAUUUCUAAUCAUAUAUUUCGUGCCUCGGGUGAAAAUCUACCAUUUCGUUUAAUUUGGUCAAAAUUAUUUGCUAUAGUUGUCAAUCAACAAGCUCAUGUUUUACGUACACGAAUGAAUAAAAAUCGUUUGAUAUUUAUUUGUUGGAUAUUUGGCAAUAUGGUAUUAAGUAUUCUUUAUUCAACACAAUUCUAUCGAUUUCUUGCACUACAUCAAUAUGAUCGACCAUUGAGAACGAAUUUCGAUUUGAUUGAUGCUAUCGAGAUCGGUACACAUGAUACGAUUACACUUGAACAAAGUAUUGUAUUAGAAUAUGGUGUUAACGAUAGUGAUAUUUUCUAUGUGAUUGGCCAAAAUAUCCAAAAAAAUUCUAAACAAAAUGUUCCAAAAUUAGAAAGUGGAUUCGAUAAAUUGGAACAAAAUUCACGUUAUGUAUUGAUUGAAUCAAAAACGGCAUUCAAAUAUUUGAUUAAAAAUUAUGCACAAAAAGCGAUGCUAAUGAGCGAAGAUAAUAUGGCAAUGGAUUUUUUAGCCAUUGGUUUCUCGAAACAUUCACCAUUAUAUCCAUCAUUUAAUCGUUUAAUAAAAAUAUUCACUCAAAACGGUUUCAUUCAACAUUGGAUAGAUGAAGUUAUAAAAAAAACAAAAACGGCUAAUCCUGCAGAAUAUUCUACAUCGAUGAUGGGCGCACCAAAAACAACUAUCGAUACCGAUGGUCUUGAUAUCAAUGAUAUUAAAUCCAUAUUAAUAAUAUGGUCAAUAGGAUUAAGUAGUUCAACAAUAAUAUUAUUGAAU